UGUACUAGUAAGGCACCGCAGAAUGUAGGGACUAGAGUGAUUUGUGGAAUGCAGGGCUAUAAGGGAAGCAGGGUUGUAAGAGGAACAGGAAGAUGUAAAGGGUUGAAGGGCGUAGGAGAUAGAAAGGGUGUUAGGGUGACAUAGGUGUAAAGGGUGCAAGGAUAUAAAGAAAGCAGGGAUGUAAAGGAUGCAGUGAUGUAAGGAAAGCUGCGAUGUAAAUAAUGCAGGGAUAUAACUUACAUCAUGUAAGGGAUGCAGAAAUUAAUCAAAAAGGAAUCAGAGAUGUAUAGGAUGCACACAGGAGUAAUGAAAUCAACACGUUCUUCCUCCUAAUGAGUUUAUUGAAUAAGUUAAGAAGAUAAAUACAGCAGAUUAAGUUAACGCAGAAAAUAAAAUAAGGGUAUAUGUAUGUUUAGCAGGUAGAUCUGUACCCUUCGGUGGCCGCUAUAAGACUGAUGCUGUUUCACUUCGCUCUAGGUCGAACGGUUGAUAACGAUGCCGCAGCCAGCUACCUUUACUGGAAUCAGUGACGCUAAAUAUUUAUUUUUUCUUUCUAACGUGGGGAAAUCUUGCAUAAGACCCCCCACCGUCCCCUGGGGGAAAGCGGCGGGGGAGUGUCAGAUUCCUACUGACUAAAACCCCACGGCGACCGACUCUGGCGCUAAAGGAGGGCUCCGGGACCUUAUGUGUAUUACUCCAGAACCCUCCACGUCUGGUACACAGGCCUCCAUCUCAGGGGAGGUCCAAAUUCAAACCUCCCCUUGCUGCCUACCCUGUGGUCCACACCGGGGUCGGACCCGGUACCGGCUUGCUGGGCCGCGUACUCAAAGGCGCCCAGAGCCCCCACUCCUGGCGCCAGCAGCCCUGACGGCUCCACCGAUUUUGGUGGUGAAGCCGUCAUAUUUAGUGCUUCCAGAAGGGCUGCAUUAAUCUUCCCUUGCUGCUCCUCUUAUUGCUGUAAUAUGUCGAGGGUGAGGUCGAGACCCUGACGAUGAAUGAUGGGAUAGUCUUUGGAUAUCGAAAAAUAGAAUUAACAGAGGAAGAAUUAACACUGAAACAUAAAAAAGAACGUAAAGAACUACAAGCACAAAUACAAACGUUGAAAAAGUCAAUUUGUAAGGGUGACAAAAAAAAGAAAAAGGAAAUAACAGAAGAGAUUGGUCGUUUAGAAGAGGCUCUGGAAAAGAGGCAGGAUGAAGAAUUGACUACAUGGAAAGUUGUACAUCUUAAUAUUAAUAAUGUAGAAAAUGAAAAUAUAGAAGAAUGUAGUAAUGAAAGCAUAAAAAGUAAUGUGCAAAAUGAACAGUCAACACAAAGAAUUUCCAAAGCCCAGAAAAGAAGAGACAAGAAAGCAAAUGCAGAAAAAGAACGCAACCAAAGGAUAAUAGAAGAAGAAGCACUUAAUGUUUUUGGAAAAAGAAAUGUGGAGAUACAAACCAUAAAAAAAAUUCUUUUUGAACGUGGUUUAAUGAUUUAUGAGAUUCCAAGUGAUGGUCAUUGUUUGUAUAAUGCUGUUGCACAUCAGCUGAAAAUUAUAGGAGAAACUCCAUUGAAUUUUCAAGAACUUAGAAUAAAAACUGGUAUAUACUUGAGGGAAAAUAUGAAUGAAUUUUUGCCAUUCAUUUCCAAUCCAGAUUCUGAUGAUUUUCUUUCGCCAGAGCAGUACAAGAAGUAUUGUGAUGAUGUUGCAGAUACAAAUGCCUGGGGAGGUGCUAUCGAGCUACAAGUUCUUUCUCAUGUACUGAAAUGCCCAAUAGAAGUGAUUCAAGCAUCAGGUGCACCAUACAUUAUUGGCGAAAGCUACAGUACUGAGAAAAAGAUGAUAUUAACUUAUCAUCGUCAUAUGUAUGAACUAGGUGCUCAUUAUAAUUCAGUUACAAAAUAUGUUAAAGAAGAAGAAAGCUGAUGAAAAUGCAUAGUUUUCACUAAACCUACAAUGGAAAUUAAACACAUAAUUUCCUAAUACUUUAUCCUACAAUAGAAUAUACAAACCAUUUAAAGAGCUGCCACAAACUCAGUGCUCAGGAAACAUAUCAGUCAAAUUAAGAUUUCAAUGUUUCUCUGAUAACUUUAAUUGACAUCUUAUAUAUGUAUAUAUAUAUAAAACAAAUUUGUAAUUUUUGUUCAUAGUAAUUUAGAUUUAAGACAUUAUUAUCAAUGUGAAAGGAAUAUGUUUUUUUGCGUUUCUAAUUACAGUAUACUUCUGAAAAGUACUAGAACAGAGGUGUAGUGUUAUUAAUGUUAAUUGUGCUUGGAUAAGCUCAAAACAUAGAUUGGGCUGAAAGUUUCAGGAAAUGAUGAGAAUAACAACACGACACUUUGUGAAGAAUUUUUCAGGAUUCUUUUCGAAAGAAUACUGUAUUAUAUCACAAAAUUUUAUUUAUUUAUCACCUAAAUAUUUGACAAUAUAAAAAAGCUGCCAGCAAAUUGCA